AUGUCAACGUCAACAUUGCAGAAAGCGAUUGAUCUUGUGACCAAAGCCACAGAAGAAGACAAGUCGAAGAAUUAUGAGGAGGCAUUGCGCCUUUACCAACAUGCUGUGGAGUAUUUUCUUCACGCCAUUAAAUAUGAGGCCCACAGUGACAAGGCGAAGGAAAGCAUUCGGGCAAAGUGUAUGCAAUAUUUGGACAGAGCGGAGAAACUUAAGGAUUACCUGAAGAAUAAAGACAAACAGGGCAAGAAGCCAGUGAAGGAGUCCCAGAACAAUGACAAAAGUGACAGUGACAGUGAGGGGGAAAACCCGGAGAAGAAGAAGCUUCAGGAGCAACUUAUGGGUGCGAUUGUAAUGGAGAAGCCCAAUGUAAGGUGGAAUGAUGUGGCUGGGCUAGAGGGAGCCAAGGAAGCUCUAAAAGAGGCCGUCAUUCUUCCCAUCAAAUUCCCGCACCUUUUUACAGGUAAGCGGACGCCAUGGAGAGGCAUCCUGCUGUUUGGCCCACCGGGAACAGGAAAAUCAUACCUGGCAAAGGCUGUGGCCACUGAGGCUAACAACUCCACCUUCUUCUCGGUCUCUUCCUCAGACCUCAUGUCUAAGUGGCUGGGAGAAAGUGAGAAACUUGUCAAAAACCUGUUUGAUCUAGCCCGUCAGCACAAACCCUCCAUCAUCUUUAUCGAUGAGGUGGACUCUCUGUGUGGCUCCAGGAAUGAGAACGAGAGUGAAGCUGCUCGCCGCAUUAAGACAGAGUUUCUGGUCCAGAUGCAGGGUGUGGGCAACAACAACGAUGGCAUUUUGGUGCUGGGAGCCACCAACAUUCCCUGGGUGCUCGACGCCGCCAUCCGAAGAAGGUUUGAAAAGCGUAUCUACAUCCCUCUGCCCGAGGAGCCGGCCCGGGCUCAGAUGUUUCGUCUACAUCUGGGCAACACACCACACAGCCUGAGCGAGACCGACUUGCGGCAGCUCGCUCACAAAACAGACGGCUACUCUGGCGCCGACAUAAGCAUCAUUGUACGGGAUGCGCUCAUGCAGCCUGUUAGGAAGGUCCAGUCUGCAACACACUUUAAAAAGAUCUCCGGCCCGUCCCGCAGCAACAACCAGCUCACGGUGGACGACCUAUUGACGCCUUGUUCGCCCGGUGACCCUGCUGCCCUAGAGAUGACCUGGAUGGAUGUGCCGAGUGAUAAGCUUCUGGAGCCCAUAGUCUGCAUGUCAGACAUGCUGCGAUCUCUUUCCACUACUCGGCCAACGGUCAACACUGACGAUCUCCUCAAGGUCAAGAAGUUCACGGAGGACUUUGGGAUGGAGGGUUGA